GCCCCUCCUCCAGAGUCAGAAACCCCAAACUCCCAAGUCCUAAGCUAAACCGCUUGCCGGAAUAGAGCGACCACCGAUGGGGUUCUUUGACCUAAACAUACCGUACACGCAUCCGCCAGAAAGGGCAGUCGAAGCCAGCCGCACCAGGAUUGCCGUGAAGGCCAUGGAGCUUGGCUACACUGGAAUCGCCUACAACCGCACGAUCAGUGGCGUCAUCUCCGAUAAACACCGUUGCUCCAUCAAACCUCUCUCCAUAUCCUCGCUAAGCUUCACCGCGACCUCCUCCGUAUCCCCUUGUCCACCCCCUUCCGUCAGUACACACGCGUCACCGUCUUGUUCGAGACCCCCUUCCAUGCCACAUCCGUCUGCUGCGACAACCCUAUCCUCAAGACCUACGAUCUCGUUGCCAUUAAGCCCUCCACACGGGCCACAUUCGAUAUGGCAUGCCAGAAAUCGGAGGUAGAUAUCAUUACGGUUGACUUUUCGAAGGGGAUGCUCUUUGGAAUGACGGAGAACAUGGUUAAAGUUGCUGCCGAGCGAGGGGUUUGCUUUGAAGUUGAUUACUCUUGUCUUUUAAAUAAUGCUAAAAUCAGGGAUCAGUGGAUCUACGGUGCUAAGUGUUUGAUGGAGUGGACUCAGGGAAGAAACGUUAUCUUUUCAAGUUCUACUCCUUCAGUGAAUCUUCUUAGAGGACCUUGGGAUGUUGCAAACUUAUUGUCCAUAUUGGGAAUCUCCAAGGAGCGAGCUAGAGAUGCUAUUUCUAAAAACUGUAGGAAUCUUUUGGUAAAAGCUUUAAGGAAAAAACGGUUUUAUAAGAAUGCAAUAAGAGUGCAACCAUCGUCAUCAAAUACAGUAUCUAAUUUUGAGGAUGAUCAGCAGGAAGAAUUACUAAAAUUGGAUUCUCUCUCCAGUGAAGGUGACAUCUCGUUGAAUGAUUGGGCAAAGUGUUUUUCAUCAUUAUACUCUAAAGCAUCAGAAAUUGCUCCCGUGGUUGACAGCAUGCCAUCUCAUGGUUUUCAAACAAAGGAUUUCUUACCUUCAAGUAAUGCUUCCCCUGUCGUCUCGAAUGGUGAAAAGAUCAGUCAGUCAACACCUGUACUUAAAAACUCAACUGAGCAGCCCAACAGGCAAGAUGAAAGCUCAAGACCCGAUGCUAUGGAAGCAGAUCAAGUGGCGAUGACGACAAUGACAACAACGCCAGCAACAAUAUCAACAAAAAAAUCUUGUCCUACUAGGUGUAGUCAAUUACACGGAUCAAAUGACAUCCUUUUGAGCUGCAACAAGUUGUGUGAGAAAACUAAAAAAAGUAUACCCACUGAAACAUUCAAUUCUAGAAAAUCACAUGAUUCACAAUCAAACUUGGGCACCCUCGGCACUGCGUUGGAUGCUGCGAUACAAAAUGAGAACAGCAAACUGCAGAAAUAUUUGCAAGAUGCAAAACGUGAUGAUGAACAUGAUAGUGAGAAAAUAUUUUAUCCUAAUUUAAAUGCAAAAAUUACAGAGAUGCAAGAAGCUCCUCAAAGUGAGGAUUUGGAAAUUGCACAGCAUACAGUCUCAAAGACAGACAUAUCUAUUUCCAAAAAUUUAUUGGUGGCUGAACAAUCUGGUAAACUUGAAACUGAAGCAGUUAAACUUGAUGAGAUGGAGAUUGAAGAGGAUGGUUCUGCAGUUGUAACUCAUAUAGAAGAUCAAAAACUUAAUAGACUGAGCACUGAAUCUGAUCAAGUUUCCCCGGUUGAGUCUGUAUCAGGUCGAUCGAGGGUGAAGCGGAGGAGACCUCCAGCACCACCUUUGUUCCCUUUCAAACGAUUAUUUAGUCGAAUGCUUUUUAAGAGGAAAGGUAGAAAAAAGAAGAGCAAAACUAAGCCAGAAUAAUCUCCUCAACUCCCAUCUCGCUGGUGGAAUAUUUUUGGUUAUUUGGCAUAGAUGUGAGUGAGCUAAUUCUUUAAUGUUGUAUGAACUCUAAAUUUUGGGAAUAUCACUUAAUGAUAGAUAGUGUUUUCGUUAUGACUGCUUAA